CAAGGCACCUGUGACAAGCAGGUUGAACAACAGUUGGAACCAGAAUUGCAUUUCACUGGUGAGAGAGGAGUUACUUUUUCAAAAUGCAACGGCAUUGCACAUGUUCUUUCAUGAACAAAAGAAGCACAAAUGGGGUAUGCUUGCCCAUUUUGUGAUGUUUUUCAUUUUUAUUUUUUUUUAAUGGUUACUAUCAUCUGAUUUGAUUUGCCCGGACUUGUGAUCUGUGUCAACCUGUGGAAAUGUGUGGCCCAGUUUUGUCUCACAGACAAGAUCUACUCUUGCUCCUUCUUUUGUCUCUUUGCUCUUCUGGAGGAAAAUGUGAAAUUCAAAAAUCUGAAUCCACAGCAUCAGCCAGCGAGAGUCCUUUCCACAAUGAAAUUGAUCAACCGCAGGCCUUCCCCGAUGAGGAGAGGGCAAGUCUUCCUGUGUUUACAAUGGACUAUCCUCGGAUACAAGUUCCCUUUGAAUUCACACUCUGGGUACUGCUGGCCUCUUUUGCCAAAAUAGGUUUCCACAUUUACCAAAAAGUCACAAUCUGGAUCCCUGAGUCCUGCUUGCUGAUUGUUAUUGGACUUAUUGUUGGCGCUAUCAUGCAUUCCGUUAAAGAGGAACCGCCAGCUGUGCUCACCUCCAAUGUCUUCUUCCUCUACAUGCUUCCGCUUAUCGUCCUGGAAAAUGGCUACUUCAUGCCCACUCGGCCCUUUUUCGAGAAUGUCGGCACUGUGCUGUGGUAUGCCGUGGUGGGAACUUUGUGGAACAGCAUUGGCAUUGGACUCUCACUCUUUGCCAUUUGUCAGUUUGAAGUCUUUGGAGUUCAAGAUAUUAAUCUGCAGGAAAAUUUGUUAUUUGCAUCCAUCAUCUCUGCAGUGGACCCUGUGGCUGUGCUCGCCGUGUUUGAUGACAUUGAUGUUAAUGAGCAGACACACAUUGUCAUAUUUGGAGAGGGACUCUUUAACGAUGCUGUGACUGUGGUACUUUACAGCAUGUUUUCCUUUGUAGCAGACAUGUCAGCUUUUGAAUCUUCAGAUGUGUUUUUGGGCGUGGCUCGGUUCUUUGUUGUGGGGGCUGGAGGUCUCCUCUUUGGCCUUGUGUUUGGCUUUGUAGCGGCAUUCACCACACGUUUUACCCACAAUGCACGACAAAUCGAGCCCCUUUUUGUCUUCAUGUUCAGCUACUUGGCUUACCUGGCGGCCGAGCUGUUUGCCAUUUCCAGUGUCCUUGCGAUUAUAACAUGUGCAAUUACUAUGAAGUACUACGUUGAGGAGAAUGUGUCACAGAGGUCCUGCACGACCAUCCGCCAUGUGAUCAAGAUGUUGGCCACCAUCUCUGAAACUCUCAUCUUCUUCUUCCUGGGGGUUGUGACGAUAACGACUGAACACGAGUGGAAUUGGGCCUACAUCCUGUUCACGCUCCUGUUUGCCCUCCUUUGGAGAGGAAUUGGCAUCCUGGUUCUAUCCCAGAUUGUAAAUCCAUUCCGAACCAUCCAGUUCACAUUUAAGGAUCAAUUUGGUCUGGCCUACGGAGGCGUUCGAGGGGCCAUCUGCUUCGCUUUGGUCUUCACUCUGCCUGACAGCAUCAAUAGGAAGAAUUUGUUUGUCACUGCUUCCAUCGCGAUCAUCAUAUUCACUGUUUUCAUACAGGGUAUCAGCAUCCGUCCCAUCAUAGAAUAUAUAAAUAUCAGGAGGACCAACAAAGACUUGGGCACCAUCAAUGUAGAAAUACACAACAGGGUGAUGGAGCACAUUGUUUGCGGCAUUGAGGACUUAUGUGGGCAAUGGAGUCACUACUAUUGGAAAGACAAGUUUAAAAAGUUCAAUGACCGCUUUUUGAGACGCAUCCUGCUUCGAGACAGCAGAGCAGAGUCCAGUAUCGUGUCUCUGUACAAGAAACUUGAGCUGAAGACGGCUAUUGAUUUGCUGGACACAUCUGUGGGUGACCUGAGUGCGGCACCGUCCAUUGUAUCGCUUCACGACGAGAGGAAAAAAUCGUCUCAACCCAAUAAGAAUUUCCUGGCUGCUGAUGUGCGGAAGAUGCAUGACAUCCUGUCAAAGAACAUGUACAAGAUAAGAGAGAGGACGAUGGCUUACACCAACAAACUCAACCAGCCUGACAAUAGCCGAGCCAGGGAGAUUUUGAUUCGCCGACACGCGAGCAUCAGGCGCAGCAUCCGAGCUGCAAGUUUUCGUGAGAUGCCUGCUCAGAAUUUGGCCAAAUCCCAAAAAUAUUACUCUCUGCCACCGGGAGUGGAUCCAGAGAUUGCUUUUGCACUCAGAAGACGAAGUCAUGUAGUGAGUGGUGAAUUAGGCCGCCACCGACAACACUCUUCAUCCCGCCCCAUGAUUCCUUUGAGAAGGCUGAACACUGUCAAGGAGUCGACGCGUGCAGUAGGUCAGCCUGAUUCAUCUCCCGAGGAGAAUGUGUUGGAAGAGAGGCAUCCCAGGGGUCAUCCAGUCUCAGCCCCACGGAAGCUCAGCUCUGAAUGGGAUCAGCCUACUGCGGGGAAGGAGGAAACCGUGGCUCCACCCCCAUUACCUGUGCCUCCUGGCUGGGUUGCCGACAGCCAGAACAUCAGGGAUAAUGGGGCUGGAGAUCCACUACUUGGACACUUGUCACAGGGGUCUCAAGAGGCUGGGAGGUCCUGAAAGGUUGGACUUGGUUAACUUAACAACUUGGACACAAAUGUCAGUGGAAAAAACAAAAUAAAACUGAUGUUAGUUCAUGAAGCUUGGCGCGACCUGUAUGGUAAACAAGCAGUGCAUAUCUAAAUCAUUUUACAGUGAACUCCACUGCUGGGGAUAGGGACUGAGUGCGACCAUGAAUAGCGAAGAUUUGCAUGUAAUGUAAUUGACGCAUCCCAUGAAAAGCUGGUCGCGCAUACUGUAUGUAGAUGCCGCGAGAUGGUGGUAAAGCACUAUAUAUGUCUAAAUCAGUGGUUCUUAACCUUGUUUGCGGUACCGAACCCAACCGGUUCAUAUGCACAUUCAACGAAGCCUUCAUUGUUGAAAAACAAAAAUAUGACUUUUUAAAAAUUCAAGACAUAAAAAACACAUUUAUUAAAAACGGAAAAAAGUAAAUAAAAUGUCAACACAUAAGAUAUUUAUUUAUUUAUUUAUUUUCAUUUUACGACGUACUAUUACGACAUUCACACGUUCACUACUGAGCAACGAAAUUUCCAGCAGCACUGAUUGGACCAGCAAUGUAAUGUGAUUAUCUGCAGCCAGUGAUGGCCAAGCGGGCGUGUCAUAACUUAUUGACAUGUUGACUCGGGUAUUUCUUAGCCCCUGAGGCUCUGUCGAACCCCUGAGAUCGUUCCACCGAACCCCUGGGGUUCGAUCAAACCCAGGUUAAGAACCACUGCUCUAAAUAAAUGUGCAUCGAUCCUUAUUUGACACCAAAAUUCCACUAGAUUGCAAAUGCACCAUCAAAAACCAAAAACACGGCAACAAGACAAGUUUUUCAGUGAAGAUCAGAGGAUAGGUCGCCCCAAUCCAGUCGCUGAACCACAGCACAAUGUUCAGCCGAUCAGAAUGGCACAGAGUGUAGACCUUCCUUAAAUCCUACAGAUAUCUGCCAUAUCCAUUCCAUUCUACUCCAAUUCCGUUCGUUGUAUUUUUAUUUUAUUUUUAUUAAUUAAUUUUUUUUUUCAACCACAGUGGCAUCUGUAGCUGUCCUUCAGGUUAAUGAAAAUGUGAGACAUUUUCAGAUGGCUGUUGCACUUUAUUUGUAGGUUGGUACCUUCAGAUAGCCUGUAGAGUCAUCUUUUAAAACUGUGAAAACCAAGCAUAAAUGGAUAUAAUAUCAUUUCCAAGAUCAUGACAAAUUGCACUGACAUUUAUACCUGUGCAUGCAUGAGCAUGAAGAAAAUGAAUGUGUGUGUUACUUUCCAUGGUUAAUAAUUUAAGAUUUAAGACCUCAAUUCCGUCUCUCCUUUCGGGAUUAAAGUCUGUGCUGCAUUUUGUAUUGAAAUUCUUGAUUUAUAUUUAUAUAUCACUCUGCUCUGUGCCUGAAAAAGCCUCUUUCUAAAGUUUCAGAGACUUGUGACAUCACGUCACCUUACAGGAGGUUUCCUACUAAAGUUUUAUGAAACCGUUUUAAGUGGAAAGUUACCAUUGAACAUUGUCCCAGUAUCCACUUCACAACAAAAACCAUGUACAGUACAAUUACAACACUUCACAAUAAAAGCAAGCCCAAGAAAAAAAAAGAAACACUGAAAAAUAAUAAUUAAACAGAAAAGGAUGAGAUCAUGUGCCAAAAUACAGAGUAAAAUCGUAUGUUUUCAGACGAAAUGUAAAAAUUACAGUGGAGGUAGCGUCUUUGAUGUACAAACGUUGAAACGUAUAUUCUUAAAUGUCUACAUGUUUUUUUUGUAAACUGUCAGAUUUUUUAGAUCGUUUUAUUUUUUGUAUAUAAGUUUGAUCUUGAAAAGCUUGCAUACUAUGGAUAUUUUUCAUAUGUUGUCAUUUAUAGCUAUGAUGUUUCUGGAAAAAAAAUGUCCACCUGUUGCUGAACUUGACCCUGUAUGAAUAAAUAUGACUAAAUAUGUUACUAUAUUGCAUAUGAUAUGCAUGUUAUUCGAUUAUUAUUAAGAAAACCUGAUGUGCUUAAGAUUAAACAAGGGCAAUUUGGUAGGGUU